CCCCUCUUUUGCUCACCAUCGCGCCGUGAAGUAGAUGUUUUGGUGAAAAUACACGGUGUCAAAAAGGGACGAAAAUACGUUUAAAACAUGACAUUUCGACCGAGUGGAACCUAAAGCCGUGUAGCGGGGGAAAUAAGGAGGUUUUCAGCGAAUGUUUCGGGUUAUCUUUUUUGUCGUAUUCUUCCGCAUGUCCGCUUUCUUCGUAGAUGGUCUCCGGCGAGCGUUGUCUGGCGGCGGACGACGAGGUGUCGAAAAAUAAUAUGAAGGAGAUGAUCGGCGGGUGCUGUGUUUGCUCUGACGAGAGAGGCUGGGCGGAAAACCCGCUUGUGUACUGCGACGGACAUGGCUGCAAUGUCGCCGUGCAUCAAGCCUGCUAUGGCAUUGUGCAGGUGCCCACAGGUCCCUGGUUCUGCAGAAAGUGUGAGUCUCAGGAGAGAGCGGCCCGCGUGAGAUGUGAGCUGUGUCCCCACAAAGAUGGAGCUCUGAAGAGGACAGAUAACGGAGGCUGGGCCCAUGUUGUUUGCGCCCUUUACAUACCUGAGGUGGAAUUUGCCAAUGUGUCUACUAUGGAACCGAUAGUUCUCCAGUCUGUGCCUCACGAGCGCUACAACAAGACAUGCUAUAUCUGUGAGGAUCAGGGCAGAGAAAGUAAAGCAGCCACUGGGGCAUGUAUGACCUGCAACAAACAUGGCUGCCGGCAGGCCUUUCAUGUCACAUGUGCCCAGUUUGCGGGGUUAUUAUGUGAGGAACAAGGAUCAGACGCAGACAACGUCAAGUACUGUGGAUAUUGCAAAUACCACCACAGCAAAUUGAAACACAAGGAGCGUGACAGGCACAAACCGAAACACAAGAAGACCUCCAUGGACAUGUCUCCCUCCCUCGUCCUUCCCAACAUCAUGGUCCCAGAAAAGCCCUACAACAGCAGCAGCUCUGGAGGAGGAGUCCCUUCCCUGCCAGCAUCGUCACAGAAACGGCUGGACGAUGGCAGCGCCCGUUUUACCAACGCCAACUUUCAGGAAGUUUCGUCCGUUCACUCCGGCAGCAGCUCCAAAGACGGCUUAGCUGCAGAUGUCGGGAAGGUGGCAUCUGAGGUUAAGAGCAAGAAGAACAGCGGGGCGACUCAUGCCGUGGGACAGAGGGGCGGCCGCAAGUCUCUCACCUCCUCAGGGAAACCCCUACCCUCCGCUGUGGUCACCAUGGCAACUUCUUCCACAUCUGCCUCUGCUUCCACUGGGCCGUUCCACCAAGGGCUUCUGUUGACGAGUGCCAGCAAGACGGCGUCAGCCUCUUCCUCCUCAGACUUCUUAAGUUUCUCAGAUCCAUCCUUGCGUCCAGGGGGCGGGACAACCUUUUCCUCCCCGCCGUCUUUCAGCAGCUGCCUUGUUAAGCCAAGCUCAGAGGGCGGAACGUCAGAGGGAACCACAACACUUUUUGGUUCUCUUAUGUCCGCCACUACAGCAUCUGCAGUGGGCGGGAAGCUGUAUGAGAAUUCCCACAGUCACACAACGAGCGAGACGACAAGCCUCAGUGGGUCCACUGGCUACAAACGGCCCCCGCCCUCCAGCUCUGGGCCGGGGAUCGGAGGAGCCGCCGCCGGAGGAGGGGAGGACGGGGUGAAAAAGAAAAAGAAGGGCAACUGGCGAAACAGAUUUGGACCUUGCUUUGCCACUGAUGUGAAGCCUUUGGAACCGGCUCCCUCCCUGACUCUCGCCGCCUCCUCCACUGCCAACACCUCCUCCUCCACUGCCUCCCCUGCCACCUCUACAUCCUCAACGCUCUCAGGCCGGCCAGGCUUGGUUUCCAGCAGUGGAUUAGGGCUGGGGGUGGUGGGAGGAGGAGUAGAGAGGGGGCUGGGGGUCAUGGGGGUCAGCGGUGGGAUUCAGAAGUCCCCAUCACUCCUCAGGAAUGGGAGUCUACAAAACUGCGGCUCCACAACCACUGGUCCAGGUGGUGUUUUCUCUUGUGCGGCGGAUGCGUCGUCGUCAGGGACGGGAGCUGUCGCUGUGGGUGGAGCCACUUCUGAGUUGUCACAGCAACAGCAACCCACACCUUCGCUGGCCCCUCCCUCUCCGUUCACUGCCACCGCGCCGCUAACCAGCACAGCCUCCCCACAUGUGAGCGGUCUGCCGGGCUCAGUCUUCAACCUUGCCCCCUCCCACAUGUUUGGAAACCGGCUCAACCCAAACUCUGCCAUGGCAGCUCUCAUCGCCCAGUCCGAGGCCUCGCCAGCAGAUCAGGAGGUGGGUGACGGCAGCAGCGGCGUCGGAGCUCAAGGCUUCUCCAUAAGAGCUUCUCCAAAGACCACCCCGCGCUCUCCCAUUGGUGGCCUGCAGAUCCGCUAUGACUCCUCGGGGUCGUUGCCGGGGCCAGGGUUGCUAGGGGCGGGGGGAGGCGGAGGAGAGGCGCUGCCCCCGGUGGCCACCAGCAUAGAGCAGCUCCUGGAGAGGCAGUGGAACGAAGGGCAGAACUUCCUGCUGCAGCAGGGAGCGCAAGGAGACGUGGUGGGUAUGUUGAAGUCGCUCCACCAGCUGCAGGAGGAGAACAGGAGGCUGGAGGAGCAGAUCAAAACUCUGACCAUGAAGAAAGAGAGACUGCAGCUCCUCAGCGCUCAGCUUUCAGUGCCUUUCACCCCAUCCACAGGCUCCUCAGAUGUGAAAGGAGCCACUGACUCAUCUUUACCUGCUGCAGCUCAGGACAGCACAUCAUGCGGCGGCCACAGCAGCAGCGGCUCCACCUCCUCUCUCUCCACCCCUCCCUCCGUCUCGCAGAGCCCGCCCCAGCCUCAGCUGAACGGCGUCCCUGCUAUGGGAACGACCCCGGCUGGCCUUGGUGGGGUUGCAGGGCUGAUGGGUGCUCUGGGUGCAGGAAGUACGCUGGGUAUGGGAAUGGUCGGGGCGUUGAACGGGGUGAUCCAGGCGCCAGGGGGCACAGCCAGCCCUCAUACACACACUACAGCAACAGGUGUCACAAUACCUGUUAGUAACAGGCUCGGUCUGCUGUCAGAGCAGCAAAGACUUUUUCUGCAACAUCACCAGCUCCAGCAGCUGCUCGCCUCACAGCCUUCAGCGGAGCAGCAGCAGGUGUUGCUCUACCAGCUGAUGCAGCAGCAGCAGGACCUCCAACAGCUGCAGUCCCUGUCCUCCUCUGGCCAGAUUCCCUCCAUCCCGCUGUCCUCUGCUCAGAUGCCCAUUAACAACCUGCUGCCCAAUGCCCAGAGCCAGGGCCAAAGCGCCAUCACCGCCAACCCCUUCCUGGCUCUGCAGCACACACACGGCGACGCGCAUGCCCCGGGGGCACAGAAGCAGCGGCUCGCCGAGAAGGCCGUGGGCGUCGCGGGGCAGGAGAAGACAUGAUGGCAGAUGCUCUUUUGGUUGUUUUUGAUUUGUAUUUUUCUGAAACUAAAUAUGCAGAGUUUUCGAGGACAUCGGGACUGUUGGUCAACUUUGUCGUUCAGUAACAACAGAAAACACCGACAGCAGAGAAACCUGUUUUUCUAUUCAGUCAUCUGUGCUCAUUCAUCAUCGCACAUUUUAGCGAGUGAUGCGUUCACUUGCAUUCGACCUCGCCAGGUUUAUUUUUACAACUUUUUUCAGGUUAGAGUCUUAACACAGCAUUGUGUUAGUAAAAAAAAAAAUAUUUAUUUCCAUCCAUUUUUUUUAGAUUUAGUGCUGCUUCAGGUUCAGAGUUUUCACUGUUAACAUAAUGACUUUCAUUUGAUGUCACUGGUAGCAUCUUAGUGUUAGUGUUGGUAAAUAAGCACAUGGUGUGGCUGUUCUAGUUUCAACACUUUAAAUAUAGUCUUCUCUAAUCAUCAUUCAGUUUCUUCUUUCCCUUUCCACUGUCUCCUCUCUUGAACAUGUGUCUCAUCUUCCACACUCACAUCCCUCUCUGUCUGCUCUCUCUGCUGUCUCACUCUCUCUCAGGGGCCUCAGCUAUCAGCACACAAGCUAGCAAACACACAGAACUACAGACCUUAAAAGGAAAAGUAGCUGAAAUACAUGAAUAUAAAAAAGAAAUAUUAAAAAGAAAACUACAAUACCCAACCACAGGACUUAACAGAAGCAGAUCUAUGUUUGACAUCUGUGUAGCGGUCCCUCGGGGAAACGUUGGUUGAGAGGCUUGUGAAAAUAUCCCUCACGUUCUCGCCUUCUCUUCCUGUCUUUCUUUCACUCCGCUUGUGUGGAUCCUUUAAUGUCAGUGAGCCAAGACUUGAACACGGUCACCGCAGAAGCCUUGCUUUUUGACUGUCUCUUCUCUGGGCCAGAAACAGGGGGCUCACUCAGGGAAGUGAAGUGUUAAGAAGAUAUUUAAAAAAAGAAGAAAAACCGCUAGUUGAAUGUUUUGAUGGAUGUAUUUAUCCACACAGCACAAGCUCACAAAGAGAUAUUAUGCAGUUGGUUAUCAGCUGAUGGAAGUUGUCACAGUUCAUCUUUCUGAUUGAGCCCCCCGCUGCACCUACCUCUCGAGCAGGACCAGCCUAUCAGGACCUAAAAGGCCGACAGCAGCGGCCGCAAAAACACACACAAACAAAAAAAAAAAGAAAAAAGUCAGGACUGGCCAAUCAGGGUCAAAAACCCAAGUGCCUGAGGCCAAGGAGGGGGUAUUUUGGGGUUAGUAUUCCCUUUACCCGAGUCACUCAGCCCAGCUCUUCACAACUCUACUGAUGUAUUUAAGCUGCGUUGCUGCUUUGCUGCUGCAACAGAUCACAAAUAGACUCUUUAAUGUCUCUUAAAUAAAACCAGGAAAACUACUUCUGCUGCGUUCUCUGAUAACAAAGCCAACUUUGUAUUGUGCUUUUUAUUUAUUGGGAGUUUUGUUUGUGUAACAGGCGUAAGAUGUUCUAUUUUAAAAGCCUGCUGGUGUUGCAAUUUAACAUCAUUUUGUACUACUGUGUAAAGUUUUGUUUGUCUUGUUUUUUUCACAUACAGUCAAAUCUUGCUGUAAUCCCUUUCAAUAAUCUGUGUUGUGUUUAGAAGCUACAUGAGAGUUGGCUGAUUGGGGAGGGGGUGUGGCUGUAUAUAGCUAUUUGUAGGGAGGGGGGCAAAGAGGGGGUGUUCAGUGGCUGUUUUUACCUCGUUAAGUGUACAUAGACCUUUCUCAUUGGCCGUUGCUGUACAUAAGUGAUUGUGAAGGAAAGCCAAUGAAGCCUCAGUUUGUGUGUGUGAAUCUUUAGGACCAGAUGGAAAAAAAAAAAAAAAAAAAAAAAAAAAGGUUGACAGUGACUGGACACACAAAGUAUUAAUUUAUUUUUAUAUGUUCAGGGACAUUGUGUUUCUUUUUUAAGUUUUGCACCGUUUUCUUGCUGAGAAGUCAUUUUAUACUUGGGGCACCGUGUUUUCAUCUGUGCACACAUUCGUUGGAUCAUUUUUGUACAAAUGGAAAAGAAUGGGAGGAGAAAUUUUGACAUUGUAUUUCAGAACACCAAAAUAAAGAAACACUAUGGAUAAAGUAAAA